GUGGACUGUGAGUCCUCCUUUUGUACGUCUCUUUUUGACACAGUGUUCAAUUAAUUGAGCCACCCGUUUGACCUCCACUUGGUUGUUCGAUUCUAGUUUCUGUCGCAUACUCUCUCACUCCUUCGACUGCACUCGAAACAAAAGGAUCCAAUCUGUGGCGAUUCGAGGGGGAUAAAGUGCAUAAAUCAACGACACUGCCAAAGCCAAGAGCAACAAUAACUGGAAGCAAUUAAUUUUAUUCAAACAAGAGCAGCAAUAAGGACGACGACAAAAAAUGGAUUACGGCUGGCUGAUGUUUCUCUUCGUCGCACUUUUAAUUGAUUACCCCAUCGCCUCCGCCCUUUUCGUGACGGACAUCAGUGUGCCGGAGAUUGUGGAUUUCCGGGACAAUGUCACAUUAUCCUGCAGCUACGAUAUGCGAGGACACACACUGAACUCGGUCAAGUGGUACAAGGAUCACGAGGAGUUCUUCAGGUAUUCCCCGCUAGCGAGUCCCAUUUACAUGACAUUCGGGGUGCCAGGACUUCAAGUCCUGGACGGAAAGUACAUGUGCAAUGAAUCGAGCUGCAGGCUGGAUCUGAGCUUGCAGGGAGCCAAAUCAACGGGCCUUUACAAGUGCGAGGUCAGCGGCGAUGCUCCGCACUUCAAGUUGGCCGACAAAGCGGACAACAUGACGGUGGCAGCUUUGCCGCAGAGCGACCCGCUAAUCGAGAGCUUCAACUCAAUGUACCGCAUGGAAGAGUUCCUGAGCGCCACCUGCUCCUCGGACUAUUCCAGCCUGCCCACGCGGCUCACCUGGUUCAUCAAUGGCGAACAGCCUCUGAUGGGCGAGCUGCAACCCACUAUCGACACCAGCAUAGCGGCCCACGACUAUGUCCUUCGCCGCCAGCGACUGCAGGUUCACUUCUACCUGCAAGGACAGCGCUUCUUCCAGGCCGGCAAGAUCCUGGAGCUCAAAUGCGUUGCGGAAAUCGAGAAUUAUCCUGAACUGAGGCGCGAGACGUCACUCAGUGCAUCACUCUCGCAAUUCGACAAUUUCAACAACCAAAUGCCACUGAGACAUGCGAAUACAAACUCGGCAGCGUCACAAAGGACUUGCAUUGGUGGCGACAGGACAUCGCUAAUUUCCGUCAUCCUGGCGGCAAUCCUGCUCGUGCAGUUCUGCCAACGCCCCUCAUGAACACUGACAUUCAUAAGGAAAUUGGAAUCGGAGGACGAAGCAAAGUCCCUGAAUUCAUAAGGGAAAUCGCCGCGUAUGGCAACUUUGUCAACUAUAUCAUCACGUUAGUUAGUCAUUCAGCUAGUCACCUAGUUAGUUAGUUAGUUAGGAGAACAGAUAAAGGUAAGACCGCGAUCUAGUCAAUAAGGAGAAGCUUUUGGUUGCCAAAUGUAAAUACGAUUUAUGGAAUAGUGGCAACUUUAAAGGUGCCAAAGGUUACAAAGUUUGAAAGCUCCAAUGAAAACUAUAGUAAAAUUUAAGCAUACAAACACAUUUAGUAUAAAUUCAAUUUAUAUGGGUAUCAAAGUACAACUUUAAGUUAAUAACUCUAAGUUAUACAUAUUUUUAAAUCAGUUAAAAUGUUUAAAUAUUUGUUAAUAUCCCAAGUUCAAAUUAAAAGUUUGCAUUGCUGAGUUAGUUAUGACAAUGGUAUUUUUUCUGACUCUUUGAUAUUUAUGCACUGCGACAACCGUUUAGUUUUAUAUGAAGUGACACAUUUAAUAUACCAAAACAUGAAUGUUAUUUUUUUGUUAAGGUCAUUUUUUACUUAAAAUAAUAUAUUUUCACGUCGGUUAGUUUAUCAAGCAAAGAAAAAACAAAUACACUCCAAAUUGAAUCGAAGUAAAACUGCCAGAAAAAUUGUUUUACCUGCCUGACACUGAUACUAGCCAAAAUAAGUCAUUCUACAGCAAACCAAACGAAUUUCCGAUGUAUAUGUACAUAUAGGGGUGAUUUUUUCGAUUGUUGUUUAUAAAUUGAUUUUCAUUCGUAUUGCACAUGAAAAGUUUUUCGAGCAAAUAUAUCUGUGCACCCUCCAUGUCGAUGGCAAGUGGUAGAAAGUAUGAAAAAAUAACACGUAUGAAAAACAAUAAAAAUAUAUAUACAAGCCAAAAUAAGGAAAUAACAUGCGAUUUUAUCAGUGAAAAACAAGAAUGCAGAUGCUGUAAAAAUCAUUAUAAUUAAGUCUAGCAUAAAUAUGCUGUAAAUACAAUUUUAAACAUUCAAAACACAGGACAAACAACUACUAUAAAUCAUGUCCCAGAGCCACACUCAGCCAAAUACGUAUGUAUGUAUAUACAGAGCUAUUCACUAUAUCUCAGCGUGUAUUUAAAGCCAACAUGAAAAACAAUCAGACAAAAACCUAGCAAAAAGCAGUAAACAUUUCAGUUAGCUGAGCGACUACAAAUAGACACUAAACAUUAUCCGCCGGGUCAAAGCCCUCUAAAAAACGAUCUGGCCGCAGAUAGCCGACUAAAAAACAUAUAUGUAUUUAUCCCAUUAUGCCGCAGUCCGAUAAUGCAAUGGGGCCUGGACAUUUCUGAAAUCACUUUUUGUUAAUCAGUAUAUCCAAUUAAAAUAAAACUCAGAGUGUGUGAUGAACAAACAUGCAUAGUAUAUAAUAUAAUAUAAAUGUAUAAAUUAAUUUACCUACUCAUUCGCACAUCUUUCGGUUGUAAAGAAUAAAAAACUCACACGCAAAUAAAUAUAAUAAUAAACGAGAGCAAAUAACGAUAAUGUAUAUAAGAGCAUUUAUUAUAGUUUUUCAUUUUGGCGCAUGGCCGUUAAAUUGUGUAAAAUAUUUCA